AUGCCGCCUCCUGUUCAGGUUGCCUUCAAGCCUCUCAACAAGCCUGAGGUGGGCGACAAUGGCUACGUUGAGCCUACUCCCGGAAAGUCAGAGGUCUUGAAGAAAGGCUCCAGACCUUUUGAUGCUAGACCUCUCGACUCUGAUAUCCGCAUCGACCACGAUGUUGAGAUUGUCGUUCGUGAUGGUUGCCGCCUGUACGUCGAUAUAUACCGCCCCACAGGUUCUGAAAAGGUGCCAGUCAUUAUUUCCUGGUCCCCUUAUGGAAAGAAGUACUCGGCAAUUGACAUGAUCUUCAACGUUUGUGUCUGGGCCUGCUGUUUGACCAAAGACGAUGUCAGUGGUCUGGAGAAGUUCGAGGGUCUUGAUCCGGCUUGGUGGGUGAACCAAGGCUAUGCCAUUGCACACGUCGAUGCCAGAGGUGCUGGUAACAGUGAUGGAGACGCUGUGUGCAUGGGUGCUCAAGAGGCCGAGGAUGCCCACGAUGUCAUCGAGGCCCUGGCAAAGUUUGACUGGUGCAAUGGCAGCGUUGGCAUGGCUGGCAACUCAUACUUGGCCAUUAUGCAAUGGCAAGCUGCUGCUCAGAACCCACCUUCACUAAAGGCAAUUGCACCUUGGGAAGGCUCUGGAGAUAUCUUCCGCGAGCAAUUCUGCCGAGGAGGCUGGUUCACCAUGAGUAACUUCGAUCUCAUCACAACUCUGGUCAUCAAGGGCCAGCACGGAGUGGAAGACUUUGCCGAAAUGUAUCGACGCAGCCCUCAAGCUGGUGCUUUCUGGAACGACAAGCGAGUUGACUUCAGCAAGAUUAAGAUUCCUGCUUUCAUUACUGGUUCCGAUCUUAGCCAGAUUCACACAAUGGGUGCUGUCCGUGGCUGGAUGGAGCUGGCGAGCGAGAAGAAGUGGAUUAAGUGGUGUGGAUAUCAGGAGUGGUAUGAGCUCUACGGUAUCAAGGAAAGCUACCCAGAACUUAAGAAAUUCUUCGACAAGUACCUCAAGGGUAUUGACAACGACUGGGAAGACACGCCUCGCGUUCGCUGGGCAACUCUCCAGUUUGAUGAAGGAAAAGUCAAGAGCGACAUCGAGCUGCCUGACUUCCCGGUACCCAACACCGACUAUCGCUCAUUCUACCUGGGAGAUAGUGGCGCGCUUCUCGACAAGGCUCCAUCUUCUGGUGUAUCUGCUUACAAUUCCGAAGACCGCUGGUCGAUCUCCAAAUUCCGACACACCUUUGACAAGCACACACGGAUCAUCGGAAUGCCCAAAGCAGAACUUUAUAUGAGCUGCGAUGACCUUGACGACAUGGUCGUCUUUGUGCAAGUGCGUAAGCUCGACAAGGAGGGCAACGAGUUGAGCCAUCUGCAAUUCCCCGUCGAGAAGACCCCAGUCAAGUCUAUCGCCGAGAUGGCAGAGAAGGAACGGCAAAGUCUCACAUUACACAACGGUGCUAUGGGUAUUCUAAGAGCUUCUCAACGGAAGAUCGACGCAAGCCGAUCAAUCCACCCUCAGUUCCCCUUCCAUCCCCACGAUGAGGUACAAAAGGUUCCCAAGGGUGAGAUUGUCAAGCUUGAGAUUGGUAUCUGGUGCAUGGGAGUGGACUACGAGGAGGGCCAAAGUCUCCAGGUGGAUAUCCUGGGACAAUAUCCCGGGUUCAACGAAACUGCUGCAUUCUCUAAGCCAAGACCGGAGAGUGAGAAGAAUAAGGGUCAGCAUAAGAUUCACUAUGGCGGCGAUUACCCAAGUCGUGUCAUCAUUCCUAUUGUAGACGUUUGA